AUGAAGGACCCAUUAAAGGAUGUAGAGGGAGCUUUAGUGGCUACUGUAGUGGCUACUGCAACCAUUCAUGCAGUUGGAUUGGAGUGGUACCAGUGUAGAGAUUUUUAUGUUUUAGGAGAUAAGUUAUAUACAGUAAAUUUGGUAUUUGAUCCAAUAUGGGUGGAGAAGAGGAAAGUCUCAAGGAUGACUCCUAAUUUUUGUGCUUGUGCAGAUAUCGAUGAAUGUGCGGUGGUGAAUGGAGGCUGCCAGCAGCGCUGUAUUAACACUCUGGGCACCUUCCACUGUGAAUGUGAUACAGGAUACAGACUCCAUGCUGAUGAACGCACCUGCAUAAAGAUGGACCCCUGCACAGGUGCGAAUGGAUGUGCCCACAUCUGUCAGAGUGAGAAUGGAGUGGCCAGGUGUGCCUGUCACCCAGGGUACCAGCUGUCUGAAGACAAAAAGGCCUGCAGAGACAUAAAUGAAUGUGCAGAAGGGCUUGCUCACUGCGGCCAUCGCUGUGUGAACUCAGUGGGAUCUUUCACUUGUGCCUGUCACCCUGGCUCUGAGCUGGGAGCUGAUGGAAAACGGUGUUACAGGAUUGAAUUGGAAAUUGUCAAUAGCUGUGAAAAGAACAAUGGUGGUUGUUCACAUCACUGCGAACAUGCACUUGGUGGGCCCCAUUGUUCCUGUAACCAUGGACACCGGCUUGAUUCAGAUGAGAAAACAUGCAUAGACCUUGAUGAAUGUGAGAGUGGAGAAGCCUGCUGUGCCCAGCUCUGCAUCAACUAUUUGGGAGGCUAUGAAUGCAGUUGUAAGGAAGGCUUUCAGAUCAGUUCUGAUGGUUGUGGGUGUGAUGAUGUGGACGAGUGUCUGGAUACCAGCAUAGUCUGUGAUCAAGUAUGUAUUAACUCUGUUGGAACAUACCACUGUACUUGUGAGGAAGGCUACAGAAUUGGAAGUGAUGGAAAAACUUGCAUCUCUUUAGAUGAUGAUGAGCUAGAGGAAGGAGAAGAGGAAUUAGAAGUUGUGAGGUUCGCAGGCCUUCUGUUCAAGAGCCCGCCUAGACUGCUUCAUUAUGUGGCUCCCUCUCUGCCUCCCACCUACCAAGAUGAAGAAGAUGAGGACAAAGUGGGAAAAGAUAUUCGAGGAGAACUAGCUCUAUUGCCCAAAGUUGUCUGUUUAGAUCACACCUUUGGACAUGAUUGCAGUUUGAGCUGUGAGGACUGUAUGAACGGAGGCCGGUGCCAAGAGGGAAAGAGGGGGUGCUCCUGUCCAGCUGGCUGGGGUGGCGUUCUUUGUAAUGAAACUUGUUCUCCCGAGACCAGUGGGGAAGAAUGUGGAAGCACCUGUGAUUGUCAGAAUGGAGGCACCUGCGAUCCUCUAACUGGGCAGUGCCAGUGCCCCCCAGGGGUGCAUGGGAAAACCUGUGAACAUGGAUGCCCUAAAGGACUCUUUGGGAAGAACUGCAAAAGGAAAUGUAACUGCGCCAACAAUGGCCAUUGCCACAGGGUGUACGGUGCCUGUGUGUGUGAGCCAGGGCGCUAUGGGAGGUUUUGUCAUCUGAACUGUCCCAAGGGGGCCUAUGGGGCUGGCUGCUCUUCAGAAUGUCAGUGUGUGGAGGAGAACACCCUGGAAUGCAGCGCCAAAAAUGGCAGUUGCACCUGCAAAUCUGGUUACCAAGGCAACAGAUGCCAGAAAGCAGCUGCUGAAUAUACUUUAUUGGAACAUGCUUCUGAGAUUCCCACCGUGAAGAAAAAUGAGUUGAAACCUGCCCUGAUGGACUCUGGGGACCAGAGUGCCAGGUCUCCUGUGGACCCUGUGAGAAUGGAGGUCAAUGCAACAAAAAAACUGGAAACUGUGACUGUCCUCCUGGUUACACAGGAAAAGACUGCACCACACGUUUCAAAAACAGUGACUGAUACAGACAAGGGUAUUGUUGAAAUGUCAAGUGCCAGAGCAGCCUAUGCUCAAUCUCAAGUUUGUCCACCAGGCACAUAUGGGAAGGACUGUAAACAGGUAUGUCAGUGUUCGGCCGAGAAAGAGGACUGUCACCCAGUCACGGGGAGAUGUACCUGUCUGCCCGGCUACCAUGGAAACCACUGUCAUCUCGUAAGAUUUUCAAAGAAGUUCAAAGUUGUUCCUUAUAGCUUAUUAAUUAGCGGCAUCAGGAACUUUAUGUCCUCACCUAUAUUCCUAUGGCAUCUAGAUCAUCACAUAUCCUCAGAAUGUCCAAAAGGCACUUAUGGUCCCUAUUGCCAAAGGACUUGUAAGUGCUUGAAUGGUGGCAACUGUGACACCAUGAUUGGCACCUGUGACUGCCCUCCAGGCUUCAUUGGGGCUGACUGCAGUCAAACCUGUCCUGCCGAUCACUACGGGAAGGACUGUGUCCAGCGGUGUUCCUGUGGCCCAGGACAGUGUGACCCGGUGACUGGAGAGUGCCACUGUUCACCUGGCCACAUGGGAGCCAAGUGUCAGCAAGGAUGUCCCCAGACAAGGUAUGGCCCAAAUUGUGAGCUAAUAUGUACCUGUAAAAAUGGUGGCCUUUGCAAUCCUGUGGAUGGAAGCUGUACCUGUGGCCUUGGUUGGACAGGAAAUUAUUGUGAAAAAAAUUUUGGAAUUGAUGCUAUACUCAGUAAAAUGUAUUUGAAAGCUUCCUUCUUUUCAGUGUUCUGGACUAGUGUAAAUAGUAAGAAUGUUCCCCUGGGUAUUAUGGCCCAGGCUGCCAUUUUAAUUGCACCUGUCAGAACAGUGGAGUUUGCAACAGGUUUUCUGGAAGCUGUGAGUGCCUCCAAGGUUACUAUGGACGAGACUGUGAACAUGUUUCAGCUUCGUCAGUGUAGAAUGGGGAUAACAAUAACACCUACUAUAAAAGCAUGCCUUCCUGGAUUUUAUGGUUUGAAUUGUGCUCACAUCUGUGACUGCAGAAAUGGAGCCAGUUGUGAUGCAAUGAGUGGACAGUGCAUUUGCCCAGCAGGUUUCCAUGGCAGCCAGUGUGAAAAAGAGUGUUCACCUGGAAUGUUUGGAGACAAUUGCCAGCAUCUUUGUGACUGUGAAAGCAACAUCUCCUGCCACCCAGUAACUGGAAAGUGCCUCUGCCCACCUGGAAGAGCCGGAGCCAGAUGUGAAGCUGGGCUCAGUGCAACCCGCUCAAUGGGAACUGUACUUGCCCCUCAAAGAGAAUGGGCCCAACCUGUGAGGAAAACGUUUUGGAUGAUCUUCAAUAACGGAACACUAGCAGCUUUCAGUGGUGGACAGAAUUUCGCCGAGGCUCACCCACAGUUUAUCAUCUGA